UUCCAAAUUCAUCAAACACUUUGUGUAGAGUGCUAGAGUCCAGUCUUAUAUCAAACAUUUGCAUUAUUUUCUAUCAACAAAGGUUGAAACAAUCAAAAUACUAGAAAGAAGAUGAUGAAACAAAUUUUCGUCUCUUUUUCACUUCUCCUCCUCUUUCUCCUUCAUUGCACCUCAACCCAAGCCCAGCCGGCUGCUGCUCCAGCUGCACCAACUAAACCAACUCCACCAAGCGCCUCUACCAUAGCUCCAACUCCACCGAGUCCAAUGACCCCAAUCGUAACCAUAAAUCCACCCCCUAUUGGAGCUCCAAUUCCGUCUGGCCCCACUAAUGUCAUCAAAAUCCUUGUAAAAGCAGGCCGCUUUACUUUCUUUAUUCGCCUCCUUAAAUCCACCACUGUCAUUAACCAAAUCGAGCAUCAAAUCAAUAGCACAAACGGUCGCCUCACUAUCUUUGCACCAACUGAUGGUGCCUUUUCUAGUCUCAGUUCAGGCACUCUCAACUCCCUCACCGAUCCACAGAAGGAAUCGUUGAUUCAGUUUCAUGUAAUCUCUUCGUAUAUCUCGUUAUCACAGUUUCAAACAGUGAGUAAUCCAUUGAGAACAAAUGCGGGAGAUAAUAGUAGAUACAGAUAUCAGCUUAAUGCCACCGCUUAUCCCAAUUCAGUGAAUAUAUCAACAGGCCUUACUAACACUAGUGUAGCUGCUAUCGUAUACUCUGAUGGUCAGCUUGCCAUUUAUCAAGUUGAUAAGGUGCUUCUUCCUUGGGAAAUUUUUGGAGCUAAACCUCCAGCAACUGCUCCCGCACCGGGACCUGAUCAAAAACCUAAGAAGGAGAAGCCUGCGGCUGUUGCAUAUAGUCCUGAUGAUAGUAAAACAGAUGCCGCCGAUGCCUCUGGCGCGGUGAGUCUCAUACUGACCGUGCAAAAUAUUGUGGUAUUGUUUGGGGUUGCUACGGUUGCACCAUUAAUUUUUUAGUUCAUUGGGUCCGUUUUCCCUAAUGGACUGGAGUAUGAUUUGCCGGAUUGAACGAUGGUGAUUGAGUCUUCCUUUUUUCCAAUAAUGUGCAGACUUGCAGAAGCCAUGCUUGUGUUUGCAGUAUUAUUUUUAUAUUGUUCUCUGUUAUCAGUAAAAAAGUCUUGGUGCUUUGAGUUUUUGCUGCCAAUUUUUCAUAAACAUGUAAGAAAUUGUAUGAAAUCAUUUUGAUGUUUUUUUGUGCUUUUA